AACCGGAUAUAUUUUUCAUUGAAUAGAAUGCAAUGAUGCUAUAAUAAUAAUGUUUAUAAUGGAUGAUGAUUCAAUAGUUGAAAGUCAUCAAUCGGGACAUUGGCAACGGCGACGACAACGACAAUUUCAACAAAAACACCAAUCAUUAUUGGUUCAAAAAAAUUGGAUUGAAAUGUACAAGUAUUCAACAUUGUUUCAUGGCCAUUAUCGAAGGUUAUUAUGUUGCCUACUUGUAUUGAUAUUUUUCCUCAUCGAAGGAAUUCAAUCACAACAAUUUACGCCUAUCGAACAACCAGGCUCACAACAACAAACACCAUCGAUAUCAUCAUCACAAUACCCUUCGGAUUUAAAAAUUCUGGCCAAUAACAAUCCUAACAUCAACGAUAUAAAUAGUGAUCUCAUUCUACCCGAACCAACUUAUUUCAUUGUAGCAUCUCGUAUUGUACGUCCCGGUCAAGUAUAUCGUUUACUAGUGACCAUUUAUCGUAGCGCUUCACCAAUCAAUGUUCGAGCUUCUUUACAACGUAAUGGUAUCGAAUUAUCAUCAGCUGUGCAAUUAUGUAAAGAAAGUAUUCCGGAAACAUUGCUAUUACGAAUGCCAACGAAUUCUUUACCCGGUACAUAUAAAUUAUGGAUCGAAGGUAAUGUUAAUGAAUAUUUUGGUGGCAAUAUAUUCCAUAAUGAAACAAAAUUGGAAUUCGAACAACGUUUUAUGACCAUAUUUAUAACGACCGACAAGCCGGUCUAUAUGCAAGGACAGACAGUACGAUUUCGUGCAAUGCCCGUCACAACGGAUCUGAAAUCAUUUACCGAUGCAAUCGAUAUUUAUAUGCUUGAUCCUCGAGGCACAAUCAUGAGACGUUGGCUUUCAAGACAAACGAAUCUUGGUGCCGUCAGUCUUGAAUAUCCACUAUCACAGCAGCCGGUCUAUGGACAAAAUUGGACGAUUAAAGUUGUCGCUCAAGGACAGGUGGAAACAAAACAUUUUGCUGUUGAAGAAUUCUAUCAAACUCGUUUCGAAGUAAAUGUUUCAAUGUCUGCAUUCUUCCAAGAUACGGACGCCUACAUUCGUGGUUCAGUGAUGUCCAAUUUUACGAGUGGUGUGCCAAUCAUCGGUAAUUUGACCAUUGUAUAUACAUUGCAAUUAGCUUCAACUUCCUAUUCAUUGUCUUCAUCAACCAUUUAUAAUAAUAAUCGAGCUAAUAUUAAUUAUUUUGAUCGACCUGCCAUCGAAACGACCGAACGAUAUUUUGAUGGAUAUUAUGAAUUUCGUUUACCAAUGUCAGAAAUUAUCACACAAUUAGCGAAAGGUGCACAGGUCGAUGGCGCUAUGCUUACUGUAACUGCUUAUGUUGGUGAACGUUUCCUCAAUCUAAUCUAUUCCGGUUAUGCAAAAGCCUAUAUAUUCAAUUCUAAAAUUCGUCUAAAAUUUUUGGGCCCAAAUCCACAAACUUUUAAACCACCAAUGCCUUUCAAAGCCUAUGCAGUAUUGUCACAUUCGGAUGGAUCGCCUAUACAUCGUGAUUAUCUUUACACCGAUCGAAUUGAAGUCCAUACACGUGUAAAUUCAAGAGGAGGAAUACUAGGAUCCUUCAAAGAAGAAGUGCCAAUGUCGAAAAAUGAAUACGGUCUUUGGGAAAUUAAAGUUAAUUUACGAAAUCUGCUUAACAAUGACAUGUUAGCUCUUAAAAAUGUUGAUUCGAUAUCAUUGCAAGCAUUUUUCAAAGAUGUUUAUGGUUCAACGGUUAAAUCUCCUGAGUUACGCGUUUUCGCUACCUAUGCUCCCAAUAAUCGUUUAAUUCAGAUAUCAACAAGUACAAUGAAACCUAGUGUUGGCCAAUAUAUCAUUUUCCAUGUACGCACAAAUUACUAUGUCAACCUGUUCAGUUAUUUAGUCAUAUCAAAGGGAAUCAUUUUGGUUGCUGGUCGUGAAGAGAUGAACUCAAUGUUAAAAACAUUCACAUUUACGGUUUCAUCGGAAAUGGCGCCAAGCGCUACAAUUAUCGUAUAUGAUGUUGCACCUGGCGGAGAAGUGAUCGCCGAUUCAUUGACAUUCCCUGUUGAUGGCAUUUCUCGUAACAAUUUCACUGUUGCAUUGAAUAAUCGGAAAGAUAAAACAGGUGAUACGAUUGAAGUGGUGGUUUUUGCACAACCUGGCUCAUAUAUUGGUUUAUCAGCAUUGGAUAAAGAUCUUUUUGGUAUAAAUGCUGACAAUCAACUUAGUUAUGCACAUGUUCAACAAAAAAUGAUCAGUUUUGAUGAUAUUCUACCGUUGAAUAAUGCAUCAUUAAGCUAUAGCUGGUAUUCACGUUACGGAAUUCUCGACCGAUUUUUUUUCCCAUCACCAACAUUUGGCAUCGAUACUAAUCAAACAUUUGAGCAUGCCGGUCUUAUUGUAUUCACCGAUGGCAAUCUAGUACGUCGACCAGAAACUUGUAAUCGAACUCGUGGAUUACUCACCUGUAUGGAUGGUGGAUGUUAUCAUUUUUCGAAAAAAUGCGAUGGUCGUUCGGAUUGUCGUGAUGGAAGUGACGAAAGCCUUUGUCAAAAUAACGACCAAUAUAAUAUGGCUCAUUUUCGUAUGACACGAACGAAUCGUUUACAACGUUUAUAUGACAAUAGUUGGCUAUGGAAAGAUGUUUUUAUUGGUCCACUCGGCUAUCAUAUAUUCAAAGUUCCAGUACCAAACGCUCCAGUUAAUUGGAUUAUAUCCGCAUUCGGAAUGAGUAAAUCACAUGGAUUCGGUAUUCAACGUUCCAAACUGAAGCAUUCAAGUGUCCGUCCAUUUUAUAUGAAUGUUGAAAUGCCUUCGAGUUGUUUGCUUGGAGAACAGAUUGGUAUUCGUAUCAGUAUUUUCAAUUAUCUUCCAUAUGAAAUUGAAGUGGUCGUUAUUCUUGCUCGAUCUCCCGAUUACAAAUUCGUUCACGUCGAAUCACUUGGUCGAGUGCAAUCGUAUAAUCCACGUACAUCGUUCGGACAACAUCAACAUUUGAUCAUGAUUUAUCCUAGUCGAACCAAAGUUGUUUACAUGCCCAUUGUUGCUACAAGAAUCGGUGACAUCAAUGUUACUGUUAUGGCCAAAACACAAGUAGCCAAAGAUAUUGUUACAAAAACAAUUCAUGUUGAACCGGAUGGAAUACCACAAAUGACACACACAUCGGUUGUUCUUGAUUUAUCACAAGGUGCCUACCUGAUAAAAUAUCUUGAAACGAAUGUCACCGAAAGUCCAAUUAUACCCUAUCGAAAAGAACGACGCUAUGUUUUUGGAUCAAAUCGUGCAAAAGUCACCGUCGUUGGUGAUGUUAUUGGUCCUGCUUUUCCAACGAUACCUAUGAAUGCUACCUCUAUGCUAAGAAAACCAUUCGAUGCAUCCGAACCGUCAAUGUUUAGCUUUGCUGUAAACGUAUACACAUUGCUUUAUCUUCGUUACACCGGCCAAAGAAAACCGAACCUCGAGAAAGAAGUUUUCCGAUACUUAAACAUUGAUUAUCAACGUCAAUUAAGUUACCAGAAUUCGGAUGGUUCAUUCCGAGCUUUUCGAUGGCAUCAAACACCAUCAGUAUGGAUGACUGCAUUCUGUGCUCGUAUUUUACACCUUUCAACGUUUCAAGAAUGGGAAAAUUUCCUUUACAUUGAUCCCAAAGUAAUACAGAAUGCUAUCGUUUGGUUGUUGAACCAACAGCAAGCAGAUGGCUCAUUUGUUGAAUACCCGAUGCAGAGUCCAUUAAAUCGACGAACCAAUAUGACUUCAAGCAUAUCGUUAACUGCUCAUGUUUUGAUCACAUUGGCCGAAGUUCGUGAUCUAAGUGGUGAAGUUGAUUCAAAAGCUACUAGUGCACGAACUUCAGCGCAACGAUUUCUUGAAAGAGCUUUACAUGUGGUUAAAGAUUAUGAAGAUCCAUAUGAACUUGCCAUUGUAACCUAUGCCUUAACAUUGGUCGAAUCAGUCGAAGCUGUUGAAGGUUUUAAUCAUCUUUACUUACGAAUGCGUGAAGUUAGCGGUAUGCGUUAUUGGGGCAAAGAACCUGUAGCUCCUAUUCGUACACAGGUAGAAAGUAAUCGACCAUUUAUACUGCCACGUCUUCCAAAUAGAUUUGACUCCUCAAAUGUCGCUACAACUGCUUACGGAUUAUUAAUCCAUAUCAAGCGUCAAGCAUUCAUACAGAAAGAAAUUGUUGAAUGGCUCAAUUUUCAACGUUUAUAUGAUUCAGGAUGGUCAACAACUGAAGACACAAUUGUCGCCCUACAAGCAUUGAUCGAUUAUUCAAACAAAGAUCGUUUACGUGAUGUCACCGAUAUAACUAUAACAGUCGAAGCUCCAACGUCUCAUAAUUUUUCCUCAAUGAUACAUAUAAACGAAGAGAAUAUCUCGAAAAUGCAAUCGAUCGAUAUACCAAAUGCAUUUGGUGCAGUCACAAUCAAAGCUCAAGGAUCUGGUGUAGCUAUCGUACAAUUAAAUGUGGAAUAUUGUGUUGAUUGGCCACAAUUCCAGAUUCAACCACCGAUUCGAUCAUUUGAUCUAGAUGUAUCCGCUACAUUUACUGGGCGUAAUAGUUCACAUAUUACAUUUAAAUCUUGUCAACGAUGGAUACAUACACGAGAAAGUCUAUCAUCUGGUAUGGCCGUUCUAGAAGUAACCGUACCUACCGGCUAUUUCAUACAACAGCAAGAUCUGGAUAGAAUGGUUCGUUCUAACAUUCAGAACAAAUUGAAAGAAGCACGAUAUUUCGAACGAAAAGUUGUCUUCUAUUUUAAUUCUCUUGAUACAAGUUUUACUUGCGUUUCAUUUACGGUACAACGAUGGUAUCCAGUUGCAAAUCUUACACGUUACAUUCCUAUCCGUGUUUAUGAUUAUUAUGCUCCAGAACGUUUCAAUGAAACAAUGUUCAGUACACAGAAUUUAUAUUAUCUAAGCGUCUGUCAUGUCUGUGGUUCUUAUCAAUGUCCAUAUUGUCCAAUUUUCAGCUCUUCACCUUAUUGUUCAUCACCGAAUUUGAUUUUAUUAUUCAUAUCCAUAUUGAUGGUAAUCAUCACAAUGUUUUAUUCAUCAUCACCAUCAUCAUCAAAUAUUGUCAUUAUUUAAAGAAAAAUGUCACCAUUAUAACAAAAUAAUCUUGUUAAAUGAAUUGAAUUAUCGCUUGCUUAUCUGUAUCUCAUUGUUGCUAUUGUUGAAUAUAUGUUAUGUACGUUUGUAUUACGUUAAACAUCAGUCAUCAUAUUUUUCAUUCAUUCAUUCGAUUUGUUAACUGGCCAUUUUUUGGGAGAAAAUUUCACUGACGGGCCAUAGAACUAAAAUGAUAUUUUCCUCAAUUUUUUUUUUGAUUUUUAUUUAUGAUAAUGAAAAAUACACAAUAACAAGAAAAAUUUUAUUCAUUUAUUCAUGUCAAACGCAAUAUCACAUCCCAUUGGAUUCUAUUAUCAAUGAAAUUAUAAUGACAUUAUCCGAUGAGAUUACCUUUGUACAUUUCUUAUCUGUAUUUUUAAAUUAUAUUUUUAUUUUAGUUUUUGUCUUACUGCUUCUUAUAUAUUUUCCAUACAGCUUCCAAUCAUUAUGAAAAGUUAAUGGAAUUCGGAGAAAAAAGACUAAUGAAAUUUUCGAUUCACCUUAUUCAAUAAGGCUUAUUGGUAAUGUCGAUUAUCUGAAUCUGUAUAAAUGUGUUUAUAAUUUUUU